AUGGAAGCUCAUGCCGUGCCUCGAAGCCCGGCGAGCUCCCGGUUUCGGCCAAAGCAGCGGAUCAGCCAUACCAAGUCCAGAAAUGGCUGCUUUACCUGCAAGAAGCGUCAUGUUAAAUGUGACGAGGAACGGCCGACGUGCAGUGCCUGUGCAGUACGAGAUGAGGAGUGCGUGUACCCUGAUUCACGGGGCACACGUGACCAAAGGAAACGACAGCUGCGUCUCUCUCGAGAAACAUCCUCAAUUGAAGGGGAUCAGCCUCAAUUCCACCCAGAGAUACCAAAUAUACCGCUUCGCCCUUUGCAUUUUAACGCAAUCUCUCCUAAAGAAGCUCAAAAUGUCGACAGUCAGUCCACAUCUGGCCUCAACAUGGGUGAUCUUUACCUGCUCCAACACUACAUUUUGCACACCUCAAAAAAGAUGACAUUGAAUCAAAAUAAAACUGCAGCCUGGCAGCAAGUCAUCCCAGAACUGGCUGCAGAAAACGAGUUUUUGAUGCAUCUUGUCUUGGCUCUGGCUGGCCUGAAUAUUUUGACAAUGAGAAAUCCUUCUACUCACGAUGGCCAAGUGUGCUCGAACCGCUCCACCGCAAGAAAGGUACCGGAGCUUCGGUUCAUUAUGGAACACCAUCAGCAAGGGCUUGCGGGCUUACACAAAGCCCUCUGCGACCCUAGUGAGCCUGAUGCGGAAGUCUUGCUGGCCGGGUCCAUGCUGGUGGCAGCAUUUGGAUUUGCAUCCUUUGGAAUCAGGGACCUAGAGCCAUCCGCAUAUGCAUUUCUGGAUCACAGCUUUCCCUCCGUCCUUGGAUCAGAUACUUCGCUUCUGACGAUCGGCUCGCUUCAUAUUCAAUCACUUCAGCUAGUUCGCGGCGUCACAUCCAUUUUGGGACAGUUUUGGCCAACCUUAAGGACCUGUCGCCUGAGGCCCUUGCUACAUUUCACCAAUUCGAAUGAAGAUUGGAAGCUCUGCAAAGCCAAACUUUGUUCGGGCGUGAUGCCUAGCCGACAUAUCCAUUCCAGGCGACUUCGAAGUUUUGCCGCAGGUGCCAGCUACGCAGUAUCUGAAUUGCGUGCCCUCAACGAUAGCCUCCGAGUUGCUGCUGGAUCUGACCAAAUGACGGAGAGCUCUCCAUCAGUUGCCAGUGCGCACUCCGGUCAAAGUGACAGUGGAGGUAAAAGCCGCCUUGACACGUACGAAGAAGUCAUAGGCGUGGUUGAAGACUUGUACAUGAGAAUAGUCUUUAUCCUACACAUGAAACCACUUAACGAUCAAGCAUCAUCCGACCUUGAAGUUCACGCAGAUCUCGAAGAUGCAGCGAUUGCAGGGUGGCCACAUUCUCUCCCGGAACAGUUCGUGGUUUCUCUUGCCUCGCAAGCCUCGCAAGGGAAUCUCGACAUCAUGGGAGGGGUGAGCUUAGUUCUUUUAGCACACCUGCACUUGACAGUUGCCAUUAUGGACGCAAUCUGGUGCUAUGGCGAGAGAUGUGACAUUGAAAUUCACAAGAUUAAGACCUUGAUCGACGGCCUAGGAGAUCAGAGACUUAUGACAUUGAUGAGAUGGCCGAUUACUGUCAUUCAAGGAUGA